CAGAAUAAACGCAGAACUGAUCUGAUCUGGAUAUCCAACACACUACACACUACACAAUACACAAUACACACUACACAAUACACAAUACACACUACACAAUACACAAUACACACUACACAAUACACAAUACACACUACACAAUACACAAUACACACUACACAAUACACAAGAGCUGGAGCUGCAGUGGGAUUGUGUGAAGAUCUGAGGAAGAAGAUGACAAUGAGAUUUUGAGAGUGAAACAUCUCUUAUAAAGGUCCUGAAUGGAGAACAAGGCCAUGUACCUGAGUACGUACGAGGAGCGAGACAAUAGCUCGUUUUAUGAAGAAUCUUAUGAUGGACGAAACUUGUCCAAACUCAACCUCUGCGAAGACAUGAGUUCAGGAAAACGCAGGAGAAAAACGGAUUGCUGUGGUCACUUGGACUCUUUAUCUUCUAUCAAAUAUGCCAUUGUUUCUCUCUACAUCCUGGUCCUGCUCAGCAUAUUAGGCCUCUGCAUCGCAGUGUCCAGGUCUCAGGUGUCGUCGGAGAAGCAGGAGGCUCUGUUGGAGAACGUAACACGUCUGGGAGAUCGAUCCCAGGCUCUGCAGGAGUCCUUAGGCCAGCUGCCUUCCCAGAGUGACCUGCUAGAGAACAUAUGGAAGCUAGAGAGCCUCUUCCACAACCACACAGAAGAGCUGCAGCAGCUAGGACGUCUGGUGCAGGGUCUAGAGCGGGACAUUCGGGACCUGCAGGCCUCCAGCGAGCAUACCUCGGGCUCUAUAGCCCACAUGGAGGAGCAGGUAGGUUCAAGUCGGAAAGACAGCAGCUCUCUGGAAGCAGAUCUAGCAAAAGCCACUGCCUCUAUCCAUAACCAAGAUGUGGUGCUGCGUGAGACAGCAGGACGAGUGGACGUCGUACUCCAGAGACUAAAUGAGGUCGACUGGACAGUAGGCACCGUAAACGACUCACUCAGCAGCUACAUCGGUGCUCAUCAGCUGCAAAUAGAACUGCUUCAGGUACAGUUGGUAAACACAACCCAGGAAACAUGGCGCGCUAAGAUCACCCAGAGUCACCUGGAAGAUCAGAUGAGGAACGAGCUGGAGAUUCUCAAUGUCAUUACCGAGGACCUUCGGCUUAAAGACUGGGAGCACUCCAUGGCCCUGAAGAACCUUACUGUUAUACAGGGUCCACCAGGACCAAAAGGAGAGAAGGGAGACAUGGGACCUUUGGGGCCUGCAGGAUUUCCUGGCAUGACAGGAUCUAGAGGUUUACCAGGGGAUAAGGGCAUUCAGGGUCCACAAGGCCUCACUGGCCCUAAAGGAUUUGAUGGUCAAAAUGGGGAGAAAGGAGAUACAGGACUGCAGGGACCCAAAGGUCAGAGAGGAGAGAGAGGAUUUAAAGGAGAGAAGGGCGACCGAGGAGAACACGGAGGCCAAGCAGUGCAAGACAUCCUGGUGCGCUUGGUGAAUGGUUCGGGGCCUCACGAGGGCCGGGUGGAGGUGUACAACGAGGGCCGCUGGGGGACAGUGUGUGAUGACGUCUGGGAUAAGAAGGAUGGAGAUGUAGUGUGCAGGAUGCUGGGCUUCCGUGGAGCACAGGAGGUCCACAAAACCGGCCGAUUCGGACAAGGUACCGGUCAGAUUUUGAUGGACGACGUGGCCUGUGUCGGCACUGAGCCCACCAUCCACGAGUGCAAGUUCUCUGGAUGGGGUAAAACUAACUGCGGUCAUGUGGAGGACGCGGGGGUGACGUGCCUCACCUAACAUUUAAAGCUCUCGUGUUUCUGCUGAAUAAAGUGAUCCACCUACAGGACUGCAGCAUCUUAGCAGCAGAGACUCUCCGGGUUCAGAUCGAUCCACAAGCCUGGUUUGAGCUGUGGGUCCUGACUGGCAUGCAGUGGCAUAACUUUGGCUUAACAACUAGGCAACGAUGCUAAGCAAACCUUAUGCAGAAGGGAGAAAGCAAGCGCCCUGUAUCUCAGAGACAACAAAACAGUGUGUGGUUCAAACCAUGUUGCCUUACCAACCGUCUUUGCUUAUGAGGAACUGAAUGCAUUUUUAAUUCUGAAAGUGCAGCCGGAUGGAAACCGUGUGCCUGACCAUGUGAGGGAGGAUUUAAACCUCCACAUGAUUAUAUAGAGACAGUGUAUAGGUCUACAGUAUUAAUAUCUGAUAGCAUUAAUAACAGAGUAUGUGCAAGGCGUGACAGAAUUAUAUAGAGUUGAUACAUUUUACUUGAAUUACUUCAUAUUUUGUGCCUUACAUACGGUGGCCCUGAAGUGCAAAACAAACCAGAAAACUCAAACAUGUCACCAAAACAACACUUUACAACAUCUCAAAAAGGAAACAACCUUUAUUUAAGAACAGACUGACGCAUGUUGUAGCUAAUCAACAACAACUAUGGGAUGCUCUGUAGGGACCUAUUCUUUCUGUCUGUGGUUGUGUUUUCAGUUCUGGUGUUUGCACUUACAGGCCACCGUACCUAUUAGCAUUGCACCAUUACGAUAUUAGUGUUGGCUCCCAUACUGUCCAUCCCUAAUGUGAUCAUUAAUGCAAGUGUUUUUUAGAAUUAGGAUUUGGUUUGACGCAUCAGCAUGAAGUAAAAGUUUGGGUUUUCUUCCAGUCCUUGGCAGAAAACCACUGUUCCGCCUACAACAUAUUCAUGGACAGUUCUUCUACAAAUGAUGUUGGGACUUUGGCCUAAAGUGGCAUUCCUGACUUUAGAAAAUUUACAAUUUGCUGUCUGAGAUCAGUAUGGAGCUUCCUUGACUUUCCUUCUGUGAUGCUUGUGGCUAAAGGGUGCAGUCAAACUAGCCUAUUCAUACUGACAAAGUCACCAGCCAUAAUUAAUCACAUUUACUAGUACGGAAUAAAGAGGCCAUGCCACGAAGACCUUCUACACCACCAAAUCAGUAAUCUAAGCUGCUGUGUGUGCAGUAUAUUUUCAGCAUGUGUAUGUUUUAAUGUUUUUAGGAAAUCCACAAUAUUUUUUAGGUUUUGUAAGCUUAUAUGUUUUUAUCCUGAAUGCCAGUUUUUAAAUCAGCUGAACUGUAAGGAAAUAUGACGUCUACCAAAGACAACACACCACCAGUGACUUACAUUCUAGAGAAGCAGCUAAGCUCCGACAACUGAAAAGUGUCUUGAGAUUUAGUAUAGACUUAAUUAUUUUAAUUUGCAUUGUCUUGCUUAACUCCAGUAAAACGCUUACGUCGUUUGGUUCUAUAAGCCGCCUGUUACUGGACCUCAGACAGAAAUAUUGGAUGCUUUAAUUGCAAUAUAUUAUUCUUCUACGCCAUUAAAGUCAUCAGGAAACUUAAUGUAAACAAUCUAUAAGUAUAUUUUUGUCCGUAUGUUUUCUUUAUUGUAAUAUAAGACUGUGCACUAUGUAAUGAAUUCAGUGCUCAUUAGAAUGUAAAUACAGAUAAACACUAAACAUAAAUAUACCUGCACUUAUUGUAAAUGCCACAAUCUGCUAUCUCAGAGAAAAUCUUUUAAAGAAAAUCUUUUAA